UUAACAAAAAUAAUUACCAGCAAGUUUAGUGAUGAACUUUCACAAAAUUUUGUAAAAAAUAGUAACUUCUAAUUAUUUCUUCACUCCACACAACUCAUCACCAACAAAAGCUCUGCAAUUGUCCCAAAAUCACUGCCGUAAUCCGCCACAAGAAAGAGAGGCACGAGUCCGGCGAGUUUGCCUUCUUCUACAGUGGCGUGAAUUCCAUUUCAUCUUCCUCCUCCUCCUCGCACUCUUUUCCGUUUUCCACGGGACAUAACUUCCCUCUCUCUCUUCUUAUGAGCUUAAGAUGAAUCAUGUGUUGUAUUGAGAUCUAAUCCUCUUCCCAUGUCUUCAAGUUCUUGAUAUUCUCUCAAGAGUAGCAACCAUCCUCCCAAAGUUUGACUUCUUUUUUCCUUCCCAUUUUCUCCAAUCAUUGUUCAGUUCUUACAUCAUCCUUUCGUAACUGCUGUUCUGUCUUAGAUUCUUCAGGUGGGUCUACUAAAGUUUCGAACUUUCUUGGUUUCAACAUUUAAAGUUUAUGCCUUUGUUCGUUAGCCUUCAUAGCUCAAUGAUGAUGGUGUUAUAAGAAUCUGUUAAUGUCGAUUCUAUGUGGCUGUUGCCCUCUUCUAGAAUGUGUCUACUGUCUCGGCUGUGCACGUUGGGCUUACAAACGCUGUCUCUACACUGCCGGCCACGACAGCCAAGACUGGGGACUCGCAACACCCCAUGAAUUCGAGCCGGUUCCUCGGUUCUGUCGUUACAUCUUAUCGGUUUACGAGGACGAUAUCCGAAACCCUCUGUGGGAGCCUCCAGAAGGAUACGGUAUAAACCCUGAUUGGUUGCUUCUAAAGAAGACUUACGAAGACACUCAGGGCCGUGCUCCAGCUUAUGUACUGUAUCUCGAUCAUGAUCAUAAAGAUGUAGUUGUUGCGAUCAGGGGGCUGAAUCUGGCGAAAGAGAGUGAUUACGCAGUGCUGUUGGAUAACAAGCUUGGGGAAAGGAAGUUUGAUGGUGGGUAUGUGCACAACGGGCUGUUGAAGGCUGCAGGUUGGGUGUUGGAUGAGGAGUGUGAAGUUUUGAGAGAGCUGGUGGUGAAGUAUCCGAGUUAUACUCUGACUUUUGCUGGGCAUUCGCUUGGGUCUGGUGUAGCUACGAUGCUGGCUUUGUUGGUGGUUCGACGUCCUGAUAGGUUGGGGAAUAUUGAUAGAAAGAGAGUCAGGUGUUUCGCUAUUGCGCCUGCGAGGUGUAUGUCGUUGAACUUGGCUGUUAGAUAUGCGGAUGUGAUCAACUCUGUUGUGCUUCAGGAUGACUUCUUGCCCAGGACAGCAACGCCUUUAGAAGACAUAUUCAAGUCUCUUUUCUGUUUGCCAUGUUUGCUAUGCAUAAGGUGCAUGAAGGAUACAUGUGUUCCAGAGCAAAAGAUGCUCAAAGAUCCAAGGCGGCUUUAUGCUCCUGGUCGCAUGUAUCACAUCGUCGAGAGAAAGCCUUGCAGAUUAGGAAGAUUUCCUCCGGUUGUGAAGACAGCAGUACCAGUAGACGGAAGGUUCGAACACAUUGUUCUUUCUUGUAACGCAACUUCAGACCACGCCAUCAUUUGGAUUGAACGAGAAGCUCAGAGAGCUCUUAACCUAAUGUUGGAGAAGGAGAAGAGAAUGGAGAUACCAGAGAAGCAGAGGAUGGAGAGACAAGAAUCAUUAGCCAGAGAACACAACUUGGAGUAUAGAGCAGCGUUAAGACGAGCUGUAACCUUAGAUGUUCCUCACGCUGAUUCUAUAGAAUCUGAGUACGGAACAUUUGACAAAACUCAAGAAGAUGAAACCGAGGAGGAAGAAGAAGAAACAGAGUCGAUUACAUCAAAGGUGGGUGAAUCAUCAUCAUCAUCAUCCUCUGUUCGUCAAUCGUACAAGAGAAGAAGGAACCGUGGUGUCAGUUGGGACGAGCUUAUCGAAAGUCUCUUUGAGAGAGACGAGUCUGGUAAUUUAACAUUCGAGAAAUCAGAUUUGCGUCGAUGAUCCAAUCAAAAGUUUUCUAUUGUAUAUGUAAAAAAACAACAGUUGUUUAUUACAAUCAUUAUCGUACAGACCAGAUUGGUCUGAGUUUAUUACAGAAGAAGAUUUUUUUUCACU